UUGGACUGAACAAAUACCGCACUGUCAGUAACCUCGAAUAAUCAGCCAUUUCGUCAUGGACCAUCAUGACGUUUGAGAUUCUCGAGGUAUGCAUGCAUCGUCGUUAUUCUGCUGCUGUCAGGAGGACCCAGGAGCUUUAGCCAAGUCGCGGCGGGUUUGAAUUUUGGGCUUGACAUAUGUUCUCAGGGCGUGACUGACAAGCAUGAACACCUGAGUACCAGGCCUCUUCCGCGGUGACAAGCACGACGGUCAAGAGCGUUACCACGCCUUUUUAGUCGAAUUCACUAGGUUACUGAAACUUUGGACGGCUUUAACCACUGCAUCCCGCUCGUAGGUUCGUUCGUGUCGACCCUGCUCGGAAAUCUGCCGAAUUCAACUUACUAACCAAAGUUUCUGUCGUUGGAAUCUCACGAUUCCCCAGAUCCUUCUGCAAGCUCCGGCCGGAUUGGAAUUCAUCUGGGAUAUGUCAUGGUUUCCGCGGCCAUGCUAUGAAUGACGUGGUUUUCAGCCGACGGCUGUAGCUUUCAGCCGACAGCUGUAGCUUGCAGCCGACAGCUAUAGCUUUCAGCCGACAGCUGUAGCUUUCAGCCGACAGCUGUAGCUUCAUCUGACUGUAGCUUCAUCUGACAGCUGUAGCUCCAUUCAAUGGGGAUUGGCGCAGCCGGCAAGCCGAAUCUAGAAGCAGGGACGUAGAAAUAAUGCCCAAGAUCGUUUAAGCCGCGGGGUACGCCGUCUGUAGAAAUAGCGCUCUUGGAGAGCAUUCAUUGGUUCAUAUUCCGUUUAUUUCGUUAAUUUCGUUUAUUUCCUAACCGAGACAUCAUGCCGUCAUCAUCGCGCGUGAGGAUCAACGUCGGCGGGCAGGUCUUCGAAACAUCCCGCGAAACGCUCGAGCUAGCGGGCCGCGGGUCGCUCCUCGGAGCCUUGCUGGACCCAGUCUGGUCCUCUCGCGAUGCUCGUUCCCGCUCUCGCGAAUCGCAUCAUGACACGUGCUCCUCGUCGGGAGCUGGUUAUCCGUUGGGGAAUCGCCGCCUGAGACGGAAGGAGAAGGAUGAGGAGGAGGAGGAGGAUAUUAUUCAUCGACCUCCGGAGAUUUUCAUCGACCGGGACCCGAAGACGUUCGGUGUGCUGCUGAAUUUCCUGCGAUCCGGCGUGCUGAACAUCCCGGCGGGAGUUAGCGUGGAUGCGCUGAUAGGCGAUGCGGACUACCUCGGUCUGCUGGACGUCGUUAAAGGGGCUCUGCUGCCGCCCGCUCUCGACGCCAAUGAGAUGCACAGGACUUCCGUUCUUCGCCCCAACGUGGGCCCUGCUGACGUGUGCACCGCCCUGGCAGCACAUGAAGACGGCUCUGUUGACGUGGCACACGGCGCCCGGGUGACGUGUUAUGACUGGAUGCUGCGUCACACCGCCACCAUCAUCACGGAUCUUCCGCAGGUGGACACCAUAUGUCGGCUGUCAGAGUCUCGCAUCAUUGUGGGGGGAGGCAAGGGCUGCUACCACCUCCCCAUCUACGACACACGGGGCUAUGACCACACCCCGUGCUCAUAUGAAGCUGAAGAUCUCACAACGGCCCUCCCCCCCUCACAUUCCUCCUCCUAUUCCUCUUACCCCCCCUCCCAUUCCUCCCAUUCUUCCCCCUACUACUCUUCACUAUCCCACUCUCAGUCCACAUAUGCCUCUCCUGCCUCCCUCCCCUCCCUCUCCCCCUCCUCUCUCUCAUCCUACACUCCCUCCCCCUUAACCCUCAACGAACCCACCCCGUCCUCCUCCCUCUCCCCAAUCAUCCUCCCCCAAUCCGCCGCCCAUUACCCCACCGCCACAGCCAACCCCCUCUACUCCCCUCCCCUCCCUCCCUCCCUCCUCCCUUCCUCCUCCCCCUUCUCCUCCCCCUUCCCUCCAACCUGCAAAAUCGGUUCCGUCGCGCUUAGAGGCGCGUCCCACCCGUCGUUCCGCUCCAUAGUUCAAUCGGACCGUUUCCUUUUCAUAGCGAGUCUGAGGAAAACGCUCGGGGUGGAGUGGGGCGUUGGGAAGGCCGUGGGGGUGGUGGACCGGGGCACGCUGCAGAGUGUGGGGGAGGCCGGGCCGGCUCCGAUCACCACGAGGCGAAUGGGCGGGCCGGAUAAGCUGCAGUGGCUGGCUUCCAGGAACCUUCUCAUGGUCGUGCGGCGAUACACCCCGGGAGUUCAGGGGGGCAGCGAGGGCCCCUCGUACCUGCGGCUGUGGGACCCGCGGUGCAACCAGCUGGUGUGGGACUGGCGGGAGUUUGACGACCCUCAGCCUGCCCUGGUCCCCUCCGACCGGUGGUGCGCUCUCUGCGACGCCACUGCCUGCGAAGACCUCUCGCUGCUGCUCAAAGCCUCCCCCUCCGCCCCAGAUUCCUCCUCCCGCCUCUCAGCGUUUGAUUUGAGGAAGCUCCCGCCGCUUGGAGCGGCAGCUUCGGCGACGAUUCCAAUCAGCUCUGGGUUUGGCGUUAGUGGUGAUGCGGGUGGUUGGGGUGGUGGUGCUGGGGGUGCUGGAGGUGGUGGCAGCGGCAGCGACGGCAGCAGCAGCGGCAGGAUCGAUGAAAGCAAUGCUGCUCCUGCAGCUUCAGGGGUAAACUCAGUAUUACCCUACGAUGUGGGUGUAAGAGGAUCGGCAUCCUCACUCUACCGACCUACAGUUUCUGGCCCUGUGCCUGUAGCAGGGGGGCCCGUCCCAUCGAUAGGCCUGGAUAAUUGGACAGUCAUGCAGUGGCAAUCGCCAGAUUCGCUCCGGAUUGGCGGAAUGAGCCUGCAGAGAGACUCAGGCAGGGUUGAAACAAGCACGAUUCGCCUGCUCGUCGUCCCAGGCAGGUCGCAGAUAGUUUGCAACCGCUGCCCGUCGCUGGAGGUGUGGACUCCGGUGAGUAAUCCGUUUGUGCCUGUUGCUACGGGAAGGCUGUCCAGAUGGGCAUCUCUAGAUGAAGAAAAGCUUGGGAGCUUUUUGUCGGUGGGAGGGGGACAGGGAGGGAUAGGGGGGGUUGGAGGAGGGGGUGCAGGAGGUGGGGGGACAGGAGGGGGAGGCGGAGUAGGGGGUGGAGGGGGAAGGGGUGAUGAUGGAAUGGGAGGGUAUGGGAGAGGGGCUUUAACUCCGGGCUCUCUUUCUGCUGCAGCUGCGGCUGCAAGGGGGUUUGAACCGCCGACUGCGGCUACUAGUGGAGCACAGUACGCAGGGGAUGGAAUAGCGGGGAUGGGGAUGGUAUCAAGGGAAGCAUUGAGUGCUGCUGCUGCUGCUGCUUCUGGUGCUGCGUCUGGUGCUGGUUCUGAUGCUUCGCCUGCUGCUGCUGCCACUGGUUCUGGUGCUACUGGGGGCGGUAGCAUCAGCAAUAGUGGUGGCGGUGCUGCUGCUGCUACUACUAUGGCUCCUGCCGCUGCCGCUGCAGCUGCCCCUCCCACACGUUUUGAUCCAUACUCUUUUCGACGAGCUUAUGGGGACACCAUGGGCGAAUACCAGAGGCGACGGGUAAACUUUGAAGCACCCCCGGAUCACUGGGUGUACAACAUGGCCUUCGGGGGAAACCGCCUGUUCCUGGCGCGGGAUGACCAGAGGCCAGGAGGUUCAGGGCUAGGUUCGGUCGAGGUUUGGGAGACCCGAACGAAUCACAGAGUUGGGCCAUGAGCAAAGCACUCUUGCACGGGGGGAAAGGGAGAGGGGGGAAAGGGGGGAGGGGGGAAAGGGGGGAGUGGGGGAGGGGAGGAGUGGGUGGGUGGGAGAGGUCAUGCCUGUGCGUGUCUGAUGCUCACAUGCUGCAAAAAAACAUGCAUUUGUGUUAUUUGUGUUUCAUGUGGGUUUCACUUCAGGGGGUCCAUUCCAUUCCAUUUGAUUAUCGUUUGAGGUUGAGGGCGUAUUCCUACAGGACAGUGUUCAGUACCAGAAAACCCAAAAUUGAGUCUGAAACGCGAAACAGUGAGGUCCGAGGGUCAAAACGUGAAUUCCUGUGCGGUUCAAUGUGGAUUUUUUA